AUGGGCUCAAAGUCAAAAGCUCAUGGGAAUCGUAAAAAAUGUAAAAAGAAUAAUGUUCACUUAGAAGCUCAACAGGAUCGAGCAUCUAAAGUAUGUUGUAAAGGAAAUGAUGAAAAUGAUUAUUAUCUGAAAAAUGAUCCAUCAGCACCGGAAUUCCGUCAGCAAUUAAAUCAACUUGGUUUAGAUUUCCGGGAGGUACCAUCAGAUGGAAAUUGUUUAUUUUCAUCGUUAUCUGAUCAAUUAUAUGGAACAAUAACUAAUCAUAAAGAAGUUCGUGAACAAGCUGUACUUUAUAUAGAAAAACAUAAAGAAGAAUUUGAGGCAUUUUUCGAUGUCAAAGAUAGACUAAAUAAACUUCGAUCACUUGGAACUUACGGUGGUCACGAGUGUAUUAUUGCAAUAUCACGGCAUUUUUCUGUAUAUAUUAUUAUACAUCAACUAAAACAAAAACCUUGGCUAGCCGGAACUCCUGUUAUCGACAAAACACAUGUCAACGUUUCUACCUACCCUCAAUUACAUUUAGCUUAUCAUAAUGGUGAACACUAUUCAAGCGUACGAGUUUUCGGAGAUAAUUCCAGUAAUCCUACAAGAAUAAGAAUUUGUAUUUCAACUGAUAAUUCUGCUUCAUAUGCAAGCAAUACAUCUGAUAGGAAAUGUGUGGACUACUCUUCUGAUGGCUCGGAUGAUAAAAGCUCUAUUCAUUCAUGUAAAAAUUGUGAUAGACAGUCGAAUAAAAUUUCUAACUGUAAUACAGACUACUUUCAAACAUUUCCAUUUCGCAGAAAAUUAAGUAAAAAAGAAAAACGUCAACUUAGACGUAUAUCUCUUGAAUUGUCUAACUCGGAAUUUGUUAUUAAAUCUAUUUCCGCUCUACAUAUAUAA